AUGACCCCUGCCAGCCGCGCCGCGCCGGAGAGGAUCACGUUUCCACCAGUCCGUGCUCGCGGAGGAAGGCGAGAAGCGGCAUCAGCGGCAGGCCCAGACCGCGAACCAGUCGCCCUCGAUCUUCGCGAGGAGCUGCGCGCCCAGCCCCUCCGCCUCGUAACCCCCGACGCAGGCAAGGAUGCCAUCGCCCGCUCGGGCCAGAUAGCGUUCCAGAAAGGUGUCGGAGAAGGGCCGCAUCGUGAGCUGCGGACAUGCCACAUCGCUCCAGAUCUCAGCCUCGUCGCGGACCACGCAGACGGCGGUCACCAGGGUGUGGCGGCGGCCCCUCAGCCGUUUCAACUGCCCCCGCGCGUCCUCCACAUCCACCGGCUUGUCGAACCACUCAUCGCCGCAGACGAGGAGCUGGUCGGCGCCGAUGACGAAGGCGCCGGGCGCGCCGGCGCUGACCCGGCGGGCCUUGAGUGA